AUGAGUUUGGUCAAAACCUUGGGAUUUGUUUCUCCAAAGCGUUUCAUUGAAUCCGAGAAUCUUGGUUGGCACGCCCUACCGUUCGACGAUCCAGCCACCGCCGAAAACUAUGAGGGUCAACACGAUCUUGUAUUCGGGCUGGUUCAACGGGAAGAUAUACCCAGCACACCUUCAGACGUCUUUGGCCAUAAGUGGACAUGUAAAGUGGUCGACAUCGAUGUGGACAAUGUUUCACGCUAUCCUUGGGACGGACACGCCUCCAGCCUGCUCAAAAAAUUCAAGAAAGUGGUUCGAGGAGCGGCUAUAUUGACCCCUCGACAAACGGUGAUUCUUGCAGCGCUGCAUAUUGUCCAGAAUGUAGUUUUGCGUAAGAAAUUCGAGACCAACCACCUGGGCGAGCAAAUGAUACGUUGGUAUAACUUGCGUGAGAGCUUGCAUGGAGGCGAACCUAAAUACAUCACAUCUGAUUCCAACAGUUUCCUUGGCUGCCUUUUCGAAUGCUUUACGCACUGGACCUAUGAAUAUCACGGCCGACAAGCACUAGUCUGUGGGUUCCGGGGUGUCAAUGGCGUUAUUACUGAUGUUAACAUCAUGGAUAAUACUUGGCUUUGGUUCUUACAAAACACUUACACGGGAGGAUUGCAGCUAUUCUCCUCUACUCAUGUCUGUGGUGCCAUGUGUGAUUCCAUUGGGUUAAUCAGGCCACCUCAUUAUUACCCCGUGGGCCUACCUCCUGUUAACCCUCAAGGUUAA